AUGUCAAUUCCUGUCAACAACAUUGCUACCUUAAACAAAAUGACAACCGUUGAGCUUGACUGUCUAGUGACAACUGAACCUCAAUCCCCAGCGAAUGGUUCGCUAGGCCACCUACUCCCUCUGAUUUUCAAGCCUUUCACAGUCAAAGUUCCCCAGGCAGACACACUCAGAAUCAAACUCAGCAAAAUACUUCAUCGCAAUGCACAGAUCAACACCAUCUUCAGUCAAAACUCCCCGGACGACAUUGUGCCACUGUAUGAUAGUCAAGCUGGACUUUGGAACUGGGCACUUCCAACCACACCUCCUCAGUCAUCCACCAAUUCAACCGAUACUACUCUUCCUCAGCCAGAUGUCAAGAAAUUCACUCAUGAAGAGAUAUUCUCGUCAUUUUUCAAUGUUCUUAGUACUGCUAUGGCUGAAUCAGAAAGCAAGCUGAUUACGCUAUCUGCAACUUGCACAUGGAGUGCAAGCAAUUCUACGGUUGCAGUGUCUGGUAGCGAUAUCAAGCGCAAGCCUGAUCUUGUGCUAUCCAAUGAGAUCAAGCCCAAGUGGGGCAAUAUUCGCGUAUGCGCUGAGCUGACAUACAGCCAGUAUAAGCCUGCACAGCGGAUUGUGAAGGCUGCUGAUACUCAGGCAUACUUACUUCUCAGAAACCAGCCCUGGAGACAUUUCACACUCAUACUGUCAUUCACACACCAAUAUUGCGAACUCAGGGUCUUGUUGUACGACCAUGCUGGUGGUGUUGUGACCCCUCAUAUCAAAAUCCAUCAGAAUCUGAACGUGUUCGCCGAAAUCAUUGCUGCUGUUGUAUUUGGCAGCCCAGAAUGUAUCGGCGAGUCUCUUGCUGCGUUGCAUGAGGAUCCCCAGGAACUGCCCGCCAAUUAUGUGGCCGACUCAAUACUCCCCUCCGAAGAUGACCUUGAGCCAAUACCCCACGCUGACUAUGCUCCCGAGUUAACAUCCAAUGACGAUCUUGAGUCUCUCGGAGACCUGAUAGAAGAGCUUCCUGUCCUCCCUCCUUCCCCUGCUCUCCCUCCUCCUUUGCAUAUUCCGCUUCAACCCCUUGUGAUCACCAGUGCUCCCUUGUUGGCCCUUGCAUCUCGGUCUCCUCCCCAGGGGCCUGAUGCCACCUUCAGCUCUACCCCUCAUCCUUCCCAUUUCCCCCACACUCCUCAAUCGCCUGCAGAACCCUGCGGCCAGAUCCAUGUCAAGGACAAGAUCUACAUUAUGCUGAGGAUCCUUUUCAUCACCAAGGGCCUCGUUGGUUGUGGAACUGUCUGUUACCUGGUUAGUCUGGAUGGAGAAGAAUAUAUUAUUAAAGACCACUGGGUUCAGGGCGGUGAGGAUAAAAUCUUAAAUGAGAUCAACAUGCUAGAAGCGAUGAGUGGUGUUCCUGGUGUUCCACAGCUAGUAGAUUACUGGCUGGUCAAAAAGUCAGACAACAUCAUUGACAACACACGGGAUUAUCACCACACAGAAAAUCCAAGUAUUGGAGGUACCCAUCGUACACACAUUCGCCUCAUCAUGAAGCCCUGCACUCGCCUCCUUCAUGCAUUUCAAACGCUGAAGGAACUCGUGAGGGCGAUUAGGGACAUCGCUAUCGUAGAGCGUGGCAUUUUGCAUUGUGACUGUAGUCUUUACAAUGCGAUGAUUAUGGGGGAGCCCAAUGAUAGCAGGGGGCUAUUAAUUGAUUGGGAAUUUGCUGUAUUCAUUACUUCGAAUGAUGAAUAUACUAUUGGCGGUACAGGCACAAUCCCUUUCAUGUCACGUGCACUUCUCGCCCAAAUGGCAGAAUUGCAGGGCAAGGCAACACUGCAAGAAGCGCGGAAAUCCUCUUCCAAAACUUUGGUGCUGCUACCAUCUCGCAUCUAUCAGAGCUUUGGGGAUGACCUCGAGUCCCUUUUUUAUGUCUUCACCUAUAUUUGUAUCAAGUACAGUGGUCCUAACGGCAAGGAGCGCGCAGAGUCUAUACUCGACUCAUUGCCGGAUAGCUGGUCGACUCUCAACCUGGAUGACUGCAAAUUGAGGAAGAUCCACCCAUACUCCGCAAAACUUAUCCCCCUUGCAAAAGAGUGGCAGGCGAUCUUGAGGGACAACAUGGAGACAAGGAUCACUUUUGACAGUGUUAUUAAUUUAUUAGAACAUCAUCUUGCCACCCUUCAAGAUGACGAGGAGCGCAUAUCCAUCAAUGAGAAUCUCAGGAAAUCUGCUAAAGAGCUCACUCGCCAUAUGGAAAAGUGGGUUGCAGAAAUGGACUUGUCUACUACUAGUAUUUCUUCGCCACAAUUGGCCAAGCAGAAGAGGUGGGAGGCAGCUGACUCGGCGAGUGACUCAGAUGGCUCAGUGUCUGGGGCAAUGGUGGAAGAUGACAACUUAAUUUACUAUGACCUGCCAGAUUGA